UACUUUCGCCUCAGCAAUGAGUAGUCGCCAUGGAAGUCGUGAAGGAGUAUUUACUCGCAAAAUACUUCAGUCCUUUUGGAUAUAUUGUGGCAGUUUUCCAUCUUUUAGCAUUGACAGCACUUACCACAGCCGCUGGAGUCUUAAGAACGAGCGAGCGUCGAAGAUUCAGCUGUCCUUCUUCUCCUGAUUCUAAAGACGACUGUCUAAGGCAAUAUGACAAACUGGUCUACUCUGGUUUGCCAUUCUAUGGAUUUGUUCUGUUUUGUUUUGCGUCCGUUUUGACAGUGUGUAUCGCCUACUCCUGGUGUUUUGUGAAAUCGCGAGUCGAUGAGAUUGAAAUCGCCUUGAAACCAAAUCCAGAAAGCCCUCGCCGUCGGCCUAGAGUGAAAACCCGCCGAGUGUUCUGGUCUUAUUUUGUUCAUCUUAUUUUGCGAUUUUUUGGGGGGAUUGUGUUCAUUAUUUUGCAGAACUCUGUGUUUUAUUUAAGUGGAUUUCCAGCAGAAUUUGUCUGUUUUACUCAAACAGUGAAGGGGGCAGCAAAUUCCACAAAUGUUAGUACGACCAAAGAAAAUUCCUUAGCCAUCAACUGUGAUAACUCCAUUGCAUCUGACAAUGCUGUCUACGCGAGAGGAAUUUGGAUAGUGAACAUUCUAUUUACGUUGCUUGUGUUUGGAGAGAUAUGCUAUCUUUCGUUGCGAGCAAUACAGAGAAAACAGUUCAUCUUCGAUUCCGAAUUCUGUGAGAGGCACUUUUUUAGCAAGGGUAGGAACCCUAUUGCGCUGAGCGAGUUGACAUUCCGGACGAGACAACGAAUACGCGAAGAAACAGAGAUCCUUGAACCUUUAAUUGCUCAGCCAGAAAUAGAGAGAGUCAGACUUUUGGAUGACGCUUUUGUCGAUCUUGUUAUUUACAGUGGAAGAGCAUGUAGCGAAUUCGCUGACUUGUUGAAAAGACACGAAAUAUAUGAUAUAUAUUUAAAGCCCCAGUAUGGAUCAAUAGCCAUAAAGAAAGUUGAUGAGCUUUUUCUUCCAAAUGAAGAUACUCGAGAUCCCCGCAAAAUUCUCGUGGUUGGUCGCCCCGGCAUCGGAAAGUCUCUGCUUUGCACGAAACUGUCGCGUGACUGGAGCAAGAGUGAUCUUUUGCGUGACAGUGACAAAAUCUUUCAACAUCUGUUUGUGUUCCAAUUCAGAUGGUUCAAUACCGAGACAAUAGAGAAGAUAUCUCUCAAACAGUUGUUGAGUCGUUUGUAUUCAGAAGGUAGCAUGGACAGUGAAGUCUUACAGCAUAUUUUAGACAACCCUGAGCGAGUGCUAUUUGUUUUUGAUGGCUUGGAUGAAUUUAAAUACCACGAACGCAUUCUGGAGGAUGAAAGGGCACAUGCUGGAAACAGUGCAACAGAAGAAAUGCCAUUUUCAGCUCUUUACGUGAAGCUGAUGAAAGGAAAGCAGCUUUCUGGGGCCACGAUUUUGACCACGUGUAGACCAAAUGUUGUGCAGAGUGUUGCACAUUUGCCAUUUGACAGGAAGGUUGAGAUUAUGGGAUUUACUCCAGAGAAAGUCCACAAAUAUGUACUUAAAUUUUGUGCACAUGAUCCAGAGACAGUGAACAGAAUAUGGGGUCAUAUCAGCAGCAAUUUAGAACUGCUCUCUUUGUGCUACAUUCCUGUCAACAGUUUUAUUAUCUGUUCCCUUUUAGAAAAGUUGAUCAAACUUCAACAACAUUUAGGAAAUACUCUACCAGCAACUUCAACUGACAUUUAUGAAGGAGCUCUGAGGCUGUUCAUUUUCAAGCAUCACCCAGAAUUUAAGAGGAAGUUUUUAACAAAGGAUUAUCUUCUUGGAAAUGUGGGCCUCCCUGAUCAAGUUGAAGAAACUUUGAACCGGGUUGGAUCAUUGGCAAAAACAGGAAUUCAGGAGAGACGACUGAUGUUUGACUCAGUGGAGGUGAAGGGAAUAGAAGACUGUGGGUUGUUCAAUCGUAUGCCAGAUUGUGAAGUUUUACCUUUCAAAUUGAAGUCCCAAUUCUGCUUCAUUCAUUUGACUCUUCAGGAAUUUCUUGCUGCCAAAGAAAUAGUGAAGAUGGAUUCCAAGGACAUUAGUAAUUUCAUCCUCACAAAUGCUUCAGAUCCAAAGUGGCACUUGGUACUUCAGUUUGUGGCUGGCCUUCUGCGUGGACAAACAAAUGAGGCAGUCAGCAAUUUUGUAAACCUCCUUUGUGACUCUUUAACAUACAUAACUCUUUGUGACUCUUUAACAUUUAGUAGUAAAUCCAAACAAGAAGCUGUUCUUAUGAUGAAAUGUUUGCAUGAGUACAAUGAUGCUACAAUUGUGGAAAAGGCAGCAUCACUUCUACAGAAAAAUGAAACUUUCAACAAUAAGAUAGAUUUAUCUUAUUCUGAAAUAACACCUGUUGACUGUGCAGCAAUUGUUUUCUUUAUUAACAAACUACACAACCUUAUGGAGUUGAACCUGUCCUCUAACAAUAUAUCAGACCAAGGUGUUUCAUUCCUGUGCAGUGUAGUUAGAGAUGGACACUGUAAUCUCACCACACUACACCUUGGUUUCAAUGACAUACAGGACCAAGGUGUUUCACAACUCAGUGAAGCUUUAAGGGAUGCUAACUGUAAACUAACUAAGCUGAGGCUUCCUGGUAACUACAUAACAUACCAAGGUGCAUCACAUCUGCAGGAUGCACUUAAAAAUGCAAAUUGUAAACUCACCAAGUUGGACCUUGGUGGCAAUAGUAUGGGGGAUAUAGGUGUUUCACGGCUGAGUGAAGCACUCAAAGAUGUAAAUUGCAAACUUGAAAAGUUAAACCUAGAUGAAACUGAUAUUACAGACCAGGGUGUUUUCCAUUUGUGUGAAGCAAUUAAAAAUGUAAAUUGUAAACUGACCAAGUUAGACAUUAGUGGAAACAUGAUAUCUUUCCAUGGUGCAUUAAGCAUGUCUGUUGCACUUAAAGAUGUGAACUGUAAACUUACAAAAAUGAAUCUUGAAGUAAAUGACAUCGGUAACUUGGGUGUAUUUCACUUAAGUGAUGCACUUAAAGAUGAAAACUGUAAAUUUACACGGUUAGAUCUUACUGGUGUUAAGAUGGGAGAUGAAGGUUUAGCACAUCUGUGUGAUGCUCUGAUAAAUGAAAAUUGUUUAGUUACUGAUUUGAACCUAAGUCACAAUGCAAUAACAGGGCAAGGUGUUUCCUACCUGCAAACUGCGCUCAGAAAUAAGAAUUGUAAGCUUUUGCAGUUGAACCUAGCUAUGAAUACACUAAGGAACACUUCAUAUUUAAUUAGGAAACUUACUGAAUCACUGAUCAAGGGGGAUUCAUUGAAUUUUUAUGGUGAACAAAGUGUUCUGUUCCCAAUGUCUAGCGCACUCAGAGAUGAAAAUUGUAAACUAGUGAAGCUUGAUCUGAUAUCAACUGGUGUGGAAGAUGGUGACUUAUUCUACUUGUGUGGUGCACUGAAAGACAUGAAUUGUAAACUCACUGUGUUGUACCUUGGUGGCCAUCUCAUAACAGAUGAAGGUUUGCAACACCUGUGCAGUGCACUUGAAGAUGUAAAUUGUAAACUCACUGAGUUGUUACUCAUGAGUCGCAAUAUAACAGAUCAAGGUGUUCCCCUUUUUUUUACUGCAAUUAAACAUAAAAAUUGUAAACUCACCAAGUUGAAAAUUGAGUUUCCAGAGGUAACAGAUGAAGGUUUUUUACACCUUUUGGUUGCUCUUAAAGAUGUAAAUUGUAAACUCAUCAAGUUGAAAAUUCAGUUUCCAGAGGUAACAGAUGAAGGUUUUUUACACCUUUUGGUUGCUCUUAAAGAUGUAAAUUUUAAACUCACUAAGUUGUCACUAGAGGGAAAUGAGUUAAUGGAUCAGUUCAUACCACAUCUGUGCUCUGCACUUGAAGACCCAAACUGUAAACUCAUUAACUUAGACCUUACACAAAACAAAUUUACAAAGCAAGGUAAAAACAUGCUACAUCAAGCACUAAAAAGUGCGAAUAGAACAAGUCAUAUCAAAGUCGAAGUAUAGCACGUAAAAGAGAAAGCAAUUUGAAAUUACCAUGAUUGAGGUGCAGCUCUGUGUCAAGAGCUUAGCAAACCAGUCAGUGCAACACUAAGACCAGAUUUCAUAAGCAUAUAAUGAGGUUUCAUGGUGUUAUAUUGGUAGUUCUUAUCUUAAUAUACUGUACAGGUGUUCAUGUACACUUGUCAUGAGAUUGUAUGACACAGAAUGUAAUUAUGUAAUUAUUCUGUUUGUCAUAACUUUUAAAAUUAUAGUCAACAAAGAUUGGUUUACUGAUUAUAAUAAAGUGACAUGUAGAACAUGUAUUUCUUAGUGA